AUGGACAAAUUGAGUCGUAGUCGCAGUCGUGCCUGCCUUGUUUGCGGCAUUAUUUUACCCUACAACACAUUUGCUGCCAAAGGAUGUCCUAACGACGGAUUGGAUGAUGUCGAAACGUACACGUCGCCUGUUUUCGAGGGUGUUAUGGCUAUGGUCGCACCCACAGAGUCCUGGGUUGCUCGUUGGCAAAGAAUUGACGCAUUUACACCUGGAAUGUACGCGACUCGUGUUCAAGGGUCUUUGAGCGACGAAAUGAUCGAUUCUUUGCGACAACGCGGAAUUCAUUAUCGUCCACGAAACGGAUCUUCGCUUGAUUAG